AUGAAAUUCGUUAUCUGUUACAUCUACGAACGGGAAUCCAACCUAACCCUCCCGGAACCCACGCAAAGCAUCCAAAUAAUCAGCCGAAACGACCUCAAACACCACCUUGAAACCAACAAUGCUACAAUCCUUAUAAUCCAAGAAAACAACACUUCUAUGGCCCACAGAAGACACAUUUGUGAAGUUACAGCAGCCUAUAACUGUAUAAUAACUGCUGUUAUCCAACAACUGCCGCCUGAGCUCUGGGUGUAUCCAGAUUACCUGAAUAUCGAACAACCGCCUCCGUAUUCGGAAAGUGAGCUGGAAGUGCUGACUGGGUCGUCUUCUGGAGUGUAUUCGGCGUACCUGGAGUAUCAUGAAGAGCCAGCUGGGCUUCCGCCGUAUAAGGAAAACGAAGAAGUAGGGUUCCAGCCGUUUGACGGGAGCGAAGAGCCAGAUAAGCGGUUUACGAUAUUGGAGAUGUUGGAGAUGGAUGAAUGGGUGGGGACUGAAGAGAUUGAGGCGUUUUAUGCGUUGUAUCAGAUGAGGGUGAAAGGCUCUCAAUGGUACUUAUCGUAA